AAUCACCAGUACGGUGUCGUUUUCUUAUAUCCUCUUGUAGACAUUCAUCACUUCUCACCCGACCCAUUUCAUCGCAAACCCAAACGAACACUAACCUUUUGCAUCUCCAAAUUCCUCUGAAGUUUGCGCCACUAUUCUCUUAGACUGCAACACUCAAUCAUCUUGUUCACCUUAUUUUUGAAGCGGAAGUGGUGUCCUGUUCCGUGCUUGAACAUUUUACUAUUUUCAACCUUUCAUUGUUUCAACAGAGACUUGUAGAUUGUUCUGUGUGAAUAGAAAGGAAGUUUUUUUUUAUCCUCGUGGAUAUGGCUAUAGUUGAAUCAGUAGGGAAAAUUCCCCUGCAAGACCCACCUGAGGAGGAGUUUAGUGCUGCUGACUUGACUUGGACCAAGUUUGGCACUGGUGAGCACCAUGAUGUGGUUGCCCUUAUUCCCUAUGACAGAGUUGAUGCUUUUAUAAUUGGUGAAUGCUCGAAUGUGGAGUGCCCCACUCGGUUUCAUAUUGAGAGAGGAAGGAAACGAACUAUUGGAAGCUUGAAGGAGUACAAGGAUGAUGAGUAUCUUGAGUACAGGCUGUACUGGUGCUCGUUUGGACCAGAAAAUUAUGGGGAGGGAGGAGGUAUAUUACCAAGUCGAAGGUAUAGACUUAACACUCGAAAUCGUGCUGCUAGGCCUCAAUCUAUGCGAGGUUGUACUUGUCAUUUUGUUGUCAAACGUCUUUAUGCUCGUCCAUCCCUUGCACUUAUUAUAUACAAUGAGAGGCGUCAUGUUAACAAGUCUGGUUUCAUCUGCCAUGGACCACUUGAUAGAGAUGCCAUUGGUCCUGGUGCCAAAAAGAUUCCUUAUAUAGGCAACGAAAUUCAGCAGCAAACUAUGUCCAUGAUAUAUCUGGGCAUCCCAGAAGAGAAUAUCUUGGAGAAACACAUAGAAGGAAUUCAACGAUAUUGUGGCUCAGAUGCAAAAGUAAAUAGUCUUGCUUCUCAGUAUGUCCACAAGCUAGGGAUGAUUAUCAAAAGGUCUACCCAUGAGCUGGAUCUAGAUGAUCAAGCUAGCAUCCGCAUGUGGAUUGAGCGCAAUAGAAAGUCUGUAUUUUUUCACCAAGAUACUUCAGAGUCUGGCCCUUUCAUCUUGGGGAUCCAGACAGAAUGGCAGCUGCAACAAAUGAUUCGCUUUGGUCAUCGAAGUGUUAUUGCGGCAGACUCUACUUUUGGUGUGAAGAGACUGAAAUAUCCGUUGUUCACGGUACUUGUUUUUGAUUCAAGACAACAUGCACUUCCUGUUGCAUGGGUCAUUACACGUAGCUUUGCAAAGCCUGAUGUGUCCAAGUGGCUGAAAGCUUUAAUUGAUCGAGCUCGUAGUGUUGAGCCUGGAUGGAAAGUCAGUGGAUUUUUAAUUGAUGAUGCUGCAGCUGAAAUUGAUCUUUUGAGAGAUAUAUUUUGCUGUCCUGUGCUAUUUUCACUGUGGCGUGUCCGUAGAUCAUGGCUUAGGAAUAUUGUUAAGAAAUGCAGUACUAUUGAGGUUCAGCGGGAGAUUUUUAAGCGUCUUGGUACAAUAGUGUACAGUAUUUGGGGAGGCAUUAAUACAGCACAGGCCUUAGAACAGUUCAUGUUGGAUUAUGUUGAUCAGACUACUUUCAUGGAAUACUUCAAAACCUCCUGGUUGCCCAAGCUUGAAAUGUGGCUUUCAACAAUGAGAAAUUUUCAAUUAGCCAGCCAGGAAGCAUCUGGAGCAUUAGAAGCCUAUCAUGUUAAACUGAAAGCCAAACUUUUUGAUGACUCACAUCUUGGAGCCCUGCAAAGAGUAGAUUGGUUAGUUCACAAGUUGACAACUGAGUUGCAUUCAAGCUACUGGCUUGAUCGCUAUGCUGAUGAAAGUGACUCUUUCCAGAAUGUGAAGGAAAAAUAUAUUCUCUCUACAUCAUGGCAUCGAGCACUUCAAAUUCCAGACUAUGCUGUUACCUUGGAUGAUAGAGACCACCUCUUUGCCAAGGUUGUGAGCCAAAAAAAUAGUAGCUUAACUCAUCUAGUGUGGAAUCCGGGAUCUGAAUUUGCAUUCUGUGAUUGUUCUUGGUCAAUGCAAGGUAAUCUUUGCAAGCAUGUCAUCAAAGUAAACAUGAUUUGUGAAAAUCUUAAAGGUUAUCAAUCUUCCAUGUCUUUCCGGUCUUUUGAAGAGGUUUUGAUGGAUUUAUGGAGAAAACCAGUGGAUGAUUCAUUUGCAUUGGAUCUUUCAUUGGCGUGCACCCAUCAGAUGCUAGAUCAAAUCCAAAAACUUGUUGAACUGAACAAUUCUACUGAUAUUGGCAUUGUAGUUAACAAUAUGCCUCUGAAAUGGGUUUCUAAGAAAAGCAGAACUUGCAUUGGCAAACCAUCGUCAAGUUUGGCUAUUCCUCAUGGUAGCAGUAACACAAAAAGUGUUGUUGUGCACAAGAAGAACCGGAAACGGAAAAGAUUGUCACGAUUAAGAUGACCAAUUUGGCUAGUACCAGUAGUCAUUAUGUUUGAUCUAGAUUCUAGAAUGUCUGACCAAUGCAAACUGGAAUUCUUUUCAAAAUAUUCUGCUAGUUUUAUAAUGUCCGACUUUCUCAUUCUGUUGCCUCGUGGCUCUGAAGUUGCAGCAUCUGUUAAAAAGGUCAGCAUACUUCCUACCCUGAUCAGAGAACAGUUUUUGCUGUAAUUAUACGAACAUAGUUGGUAGUUGGAGAUAAAGUGGACGAAGCAAAGCAAUUGUGGUGUGUAUGCUGUUUUCAGCUUUUAUGCCUGGCAAUGCUUUUAGGUGAUCACGUGCGAUGAGGUAGUGGUAAAUUUUACUUAGAAAGUAGAAUUCGUUUUCCCUUUUCAAUUUCAUCAACUUCCUGUGACUUUCAUAUUCAUGCUAGUGUAAUAAUUUAUUUUUUAAUUUUUACGUUGUACCAUCUUUAGAAUUUUAAGUUCUUUCAAGAUCAAGUCCUCAGUUCAUGGUGGAGGAUAGAUCAUUCCAUGGAUCAUUUCUACUCUUAGUUUUGGCUCUGAUAUUCUUUUUCAUU